CUGAUAAACUAGCAGCAGUCGGUCGCAGUAUUUAAUUUGUAUCGUACAUUGCAGUUCAAGCAGUCAGCCGUCCCUCAGACUCAGAGAGUAGUCAGAGUCAGUCAGGGACCGUUAGUUAUAACUUUAGUAUGAUAGAUAAUGAUACAGUAGAUCGAUCAAUCUAGACUCUAGAAUAGAUCUAGAUCUAAUAGAUAUAAUAUAUCUACUAGAGUUCUAGAUCUAUUAAUACUAAUGAUAGAGCUAGUCUUAAAAUUAAAUUAAUGAGUUAAUCAACUUUUACAAAAUAAGUGAAAUUAGAUGAAUAAUAGAUCUCCUACUCCUGACUCCUAGCCUAGAGACUCAGUAGGCUACUGACACAGUGACAGUAGAGUCGCCUAGACUUGACUUAGUAGAUCUAGUUAGUACUAGUUAGGUUACUUACUAGUUGAAGUUCUACUUACACAGUAACAGUUAUAUCUACUUACACUUUUACUUUAGUAAAGUCAUUACACUACUACAUCAUGUACAGUACUAGGUCUAGGACUAGACUCUCUAGAAUAGAUAGUAGAUAUAUAGUCUAUAGUUACUAGAUCUAGUAACCUAGUUAGUCUAAGUUGUUUGAGAUGGCUUCACACUUCAACUAAACUUCAAGACCAGGAGGAUACAAUCAUACACAGUUCACACACUGAUUCACUGGACUGGAAUUAUCAUGAUCAUGAUGAUCUCUGAAUUCUCCAAUCAUCCUCAUGUAAAUGUAAUGAUAAUGAUGAUGUCUUAUGUGAUGAUGAAAUUUGUUGAUGAUCGUAAUCAUGACUUACUAAAGUUACACUACAAGUACUACAACACUUUUGCUUCAAUGCCUUCAUCUUUACCCUUCCAUCAUAAGACUAAAGUUAAAAUGAUAAGAAGAGUUACAAAAUAUUGAUGUUACCUCUGCCUCUAGAACUUGAACUCUAUACUAAGACGUCUUAGACUCUUCUAACUUCUUAAGAGUUAACAGAAAUGAACACACAAAGAUGAUGGUCAAAACAUUCUAAAGGUCUUACAGUUGACAGAAAAAUCAUGUUUGAUCUACUGAACUAGCUGCUCUUUCAGCUUCAGGUGCACCAAUGUCAGUGACACAGCUUACAUGCAAACUUAACUCUUUGGGACAACAUCAGCAACAAUUUUCCAUGCAACUUUCAAGCUUUGAUUAUUAAAAAAGAAAUUUUUAAAAAUUGCUUUACAUAUGAUCGCAAGGUCUGAAAGGGGAUAUUUGCUGUAAACUUAAGAGAUGCUACUCAAACAAUAGGAAACAAGUUGAGCUUGAUGUUUAUUUACUAUGGAUUAUUUAUGAUUGGCAGUAACAAACACAAACAUCAGUUAUCAACUCUUGGGCUCACUUCUAUCACACUGAGUCUAGUUUUAGGAUUCACUUGUCCCUCCUUCCAGUACACAUCUCAGAAACCCCUGCUGUGCAAACCAACAACACAAUUCCCAAUGUUGUGUUAGGUUAACAGCCUCUAAAGUAAUUAGGAAUUAUUUCUAAAUGGAUUCUGAUCACCAAGACUUACAAACUGAAGGGGUUGUGAGCUUGACGCUAAAAGAAGGCAGUAAUGGCACUGUCUCAUGCAUCAAUGGUGAAGAAGUCAAUAUAAUUUAUUUAGAUGUACAAGGCAGCGAUGGUGCUCAGGUCCUGGAUAUUUCUAGCCUUCUGGUGCAAGAAGACAUACAGAUGGUUGAAACCAAUGACAGCACCAACCAGGAUCAAGACAUGGCUCUAAGUGAAAGUGUCGGUGGUUCUCAAGUCACAUUGAUAUCUAACAAGUCUGAGGCUCAGUCGGCUCAUGCCCUACUGCAUUUUUCUAAAGCUCAGUUUGAACAUGAGAAUACAUACAUACCUGUUUCAGAUAUCUUGGCCACUCACAGAUUUAGUCAAGAAGAUCAGAACACAAGCUCUGCGGAGGCUUUGCUUCAGUUGUCAUCAGAUCAGAGUGCUGGCACUAUUCUCAUUGAUGAGCAUGGUUCUGUGAUUACAUUGGAACAAGUCAGCUCUUCUAACCUAAUAGAAGUAGAUGAGACUGGUGUAACCACUAUAGCUAUAUGUCAGUGUUGGUGUGGCAGAGAGUUUAUCUCUCAAGAAGACUUGGAGAGACACAAGUUAGUCCAUAAAUACAGAAACCAGACUGGGGCCAGCGCUUUAGAAGAGAAAUGUGUUCUUUGUCCUGAAAACUUCAACCCAGCUGGAGAUGUAUGUCUUCAUCACAGUGACUUGCCAACUGAAGGCUCCCAAUGGCAAUGCAGUGUGUGUCACAAACAGUUUUUUAAAAAGUUAGCUCUGAAAGCUCACAUGAGAGUCCACAACUCCAUGACUAGAUACCAGUGUUUUACAUGCAAGAAGAUAUUUUUCUAUAAAACUGCAUUGAAUCGUCACAUAAAAAUGCAUUCUUGUGAGAAACCUUUUAAAUGUACAAUCUGUGGAGAUCUUUACCAGACUCUUUGGGACCUUAGAAAACACAGACUGAAUCACCAACCUAUGAAGCUUUACAAAUGUGACAUAUGUACAAAAGUGUUCAAACAAAAACAAACUCUAUUUGUCCAUUCACGUCUGCACACUGGCCAUCGUCCAUAUUCCUGUGAAAUAUGUAGUAGAACAUUUUCUUUAAAGACUACCCUAGUUCAACAUCAACGCAUUCACACUGGAGAAAAACCCAAUGUUUGUCCAACAUGUCACCGUGCCUUCAGACAAAACAGUACCCUGAAAGCUCACAUGAAGACACAUACCAAUCAGAAGCCUUACAUCUGUCGCUAUUGUAAGAUGAGAUUUGCUUACAAGGAUGAGCUCCAGGAGCACGAGCACUCUCACGCCCAGAACAAGAACUGGCAGUGUGAUAAAUGUGGAAUGUGGUUUAAAAACCAAUCUUUAUUAUUACGACAUUGCCGUGUGCACACCAAUGAGAGGCCAUUUCCUUGUACAAUUUGUCAUAAAACAUUUGUCCAGUCUGGUUCUCUACAGGCCCACAUGAGGUCACACACCAAAGAAAAGCCUUAUCAGUGUCGAAUGUGUUCUAAGUCUUAUUACACAAGUGGAACUUUACUUAUUCAUAUUCGUAAGGCCCACAAUGUAGAUGCAAAAACAGUCAAGGAAGUGUUUCCUGUUGUCAAAAACAUUGAAGACCAGAAAGUGUUCACAGUUCGGAACAAACAUUUAUUCAACAGUCAGUCUGUAGAUUCAGAAUCCUUUGUUAAAAAGGAAUUUACUGAUACUUCUGAAGAGAAUCUAGUCAAGAGUAGCCUGACUGAAGGCCUGCUGAAUAAAUACCAACUGGAUGGUGACACUGUUCACAUUGAAGUGCAGCAGAUUGAGGUGGGCUGCUCUGAUGACCCUUUGGAUAGUCAGGUCAGAGAGUGUGAGGUUUCUGUACAGCUCAAUCUUGGAGAAGAGAGUGGUGCCAAAGAGGAAGAAGAAAGUGUCAAUGUGAAAAUUGAAAAUGUUCUGUCUCUGACAGACACUGCUCAAGACCGUCAGGAAGCAGCACUAGGUUUGGCAGAGCUGUCACUGAGUGGUGAAGGCACAUCCAGCGAGAAGCCAACCAAGACCAGAACCUUUUUUAAAGAGGAAGAAGAGGAUGAGAAUGACCCAAAUGUAACAAAGAUUAUUCUGUCAAAAGAGGGAGGAAUUAUGAACAGUCAGGAUCCUCACCAGUGUCCAGUGUGUGGAAGAAUAUUUGGUAGAAAAAGUAUUAUGAUUGAGCAUCUUCGUAUUCACACAGAUGAAAAACCUUAUCAGUGUGACUUUUGUACUGCUGGUUUCAGACAGAACGCUCAGUUAAGAAGUCAUAUUCGUAACAAGCACACCAAGGUUGAAAGGUACCAAUGCUCAUUUUGUCACAAGAGAUUUCUUUCAAAAAGUAUUACUGUGAGACAUAUCAACUUCCACCAUAAACUUAAGGUCAAAUAUUGUGAAAGUAUUGAUGCUGCCUGGACCAUAAGUAGUGCUGUUUGGUUUGAUGAUAACUUUGAAUUCAACACUUCAGAGACUUUGUUUGUCAAGGCCAGUAAGAAAGAAGAUAAGUCUUUAGAAAGCCAUGAUGCCGAUGGUGAUAAGACUAAGUCAAAAACAUCAAAACUGAACGAGACAAGUUUAGAUGUGCCAGUUGUUCUAGAUUCAAGUUCUUUGACAAGCGAGGAUAAAACUCAAGAAAACAGUUUUGAGGACAUGUCGACUCCACAGAAAGAUAAAGAGAUGUGUAUUAUACCAGCUGACCCCCUAAACCAAAUCUCUGAUGCAAGUCAUUCAGAUGCAAUCACUUCCAGUAACUUGAGCUCAUCUGGCUCUAAAUUAAUGUGUGGAACGUGUGCUAUGCAGUUUCGUAACCUUUCCAGCCUACGCCUUCACUUUCUUAAAGUUCACAAAACUAAACUCAAUAAGUCUGAUCUUACUGCAGUGUACGAAGGAACAGGUGACCUGAAACAGGAAAUUAUUUUGGAAACUGAAAGUUUAUCAAAUGAAAAUUCUAGCUUGAAUGAUAAAUCCGGGAGCGCCCAUGUAAAAAUCAUUGUAUAUGAUGACAGGCGGGUAUGUGCUGAUGACCCCCAGCUGAUGCCUUAUGCUUGUUUCAUGUGUAGCAUGAGGUACAUCAGCAAGGCAGACCUCAACGAGCACAUGAAGAGUCACAGUGAAGAAGAUGUGGAGAGAGUAGGCAUGCACAGGUGUGAUGUAUGCUGUUUUGUCAUGAAAAACACACAACAGGUGGCCAAACACAUCCUUAAGUUCCAUGGGGUCAAUCAGAUCUUUAUUUGUUCCAUCUGCAACAGAGAGUUCUACCAGCAAAGCUCCGUGUAUAGGCACAUGAGAUUCUUCCACAAGUGGGAGAUCAAGAUACGUGGUGAAGCCAACAUCCCAGUUCUGAUUAAACCUGCAUCCCCAUCACAGCUAAACAGAAAAGAUGAGUCAGCCAGCCUUAUAACACAGACUAUUGACAGCAGUAAAAUGACACAUGACAGUGACACUGUGAAGAUCUGUAAGCCUGAUGGCCAAGUCAUUCACAUCAUUAAGAAUGAUCAAAUAUUUGAUAAAGUUGAAAAUACAGAAGACAGUAAAUGUACUUACUAUGUGGUAGAAGAAAAAGUGUUAGUAAAUUGUCUGGUACCAGACAGCAGUCAGGAUAAAGUCGACACUAGUCAGAAGAACCAGAUUAGUCCCUCAUUAUUAACAGAUAGCACACUGUGGCAUGAAAGUAUACCAAACACUGAGUCUAAGCCAUCUCCGAGUACUCAGCUUGAGACAAACUCUGACACUAAAGGUCCCAUCAUCAUGUCAAUCAAAGACCUCGGCAAAACAUUUUCAGCGCUUAGCAAGAAUAGUUCAGGAGGGAGUGAAACAAGGAAAACUUUCCAGAAGCUUGAGCUCAAAGAUGAGAUGUUUGAUCAGCCUGGUCUAAAUGCUGACUUAGCAGCACAGCUUUCAUCUUCAGAUGAGAAAAACUUUCAGCUGUCAGUGGACAUGAAGAGGGAUAAAUCUGUCGUUAAAACAGUUUUCACAAAGGUAACUAAGACAAAAUCAGGCAACCAAAGAACGCCUUUAAAAGAUGAUCUUAGGCUACCUGUUCACACCAAUAAAUUAGCAUAUCUUAAGAAAACUCCAGAAAAUGAGAAAUCUCAAAAGGUGGACAAAUUAACAUCAAAAGCUAAUCAAUCUUCAGUAAGCCUUUCCAUGGAUAAAUCUAUUAAAAUGGAAACUAAAGCUUGUGUAAGCAAGGCAGACGAUUCAGGGGGAAAAAUUAAAAUGAAAACUCUUGCCUCGGAAACCAAUGUUGAAAAAACUGUGAUUCGAAGCAGCAGUGGUAGAAUCAUUAAAAAGAAACAUUUUGAUUGAAAAGAUAAAAGUAAUUGUUUUAAAAAAAAAUGUGUGUGUAUGGAGAUCUUUUGUCUAAAAAUAGUUCUAUGUUAUAAGCAGUCUAGAUAUAGUUAGCAUUCUAAAUUUAUUAUUUUAUAUUAAGCAAAUAUAUUUUGGUAUUUAGAGGAUGAAAGAUGUUUUUUCUAAAUCAUUAUUCCAUGUGGAGAAUUAAUCUUUCCACUGAACUACUUUACUGGAUGUGCAAGUAAGUUGUAUUUGAUGUAUGUGAUAGCACUAUUAGGCUUUUGAGGAAGUAGAAACAUUAACAGCCCCAACACUCUCUUCAUAAUGAUACAAACAUUGAAUUUUAUGACUGAUUAAAAAACAACAAAAAACUUGACAUUUUGUUUAAAAAUAAAAUUAUCUUAGUCACGUUCAUUUACCAAACAUAUGUGUGUAUCAGUUGUUAUAAAUUCUGUUCCAUUGCAGUGUGCUGCUUUAAUUGUUGAGGCAAAAAGUUCAUACGAAAAGCCAAUUUAAAAAAAACAAACUAGUUUGUGUUGCUACAAUUCUUUAUGAUGAUGUCGAGAACUUCUUCAGCAUUUUCUUACUCUGCUUCGCUGUAGGGGGGAGGUUUGUUCCAGAAUUUUCUUCUUUGAUAGUUUCCUCGGGGCUAGGCAUGCGCACUGUGAUGACAGGGAUGGAACUGUGCAUGAGUACAUCGCUGGUAACAUUGCUCACCAAGCUAGCCUGCCCUUUCUUUAUGGGACCAAUAUCGGGGGCCACCGACUUCAUUGGUAAGGCCACGGUUUUUGAGCCCAUAACGAUCAUAGUUGGGUGAACCAGUCGACAGAACUCCAUUAUAGAGGCCCAGACAGUGUUACCACUGAUUCGUAUAAAACGUCCAUGAAUCUGAAGAGACAAAGUCAAUUAUUAGAAUUUCUACCAUGACUUAUUACGUGUUCAUAAAGAAGUCAAUCAUUAGACCUAUUUCUAUCAUUCUACUAUUACGGAUUCAUUAAAAGUCGGUCAUUUAUAAUUGUUUCUAUCAUUCUACAAGUACGCAUCUUGCGUAUUUUGUACGCAAAUGGACACGAAAAUACGCAUUUCUCCCGCAAAAUAAAAUUAAAAAAAAAAAAGUUGUUGCUAAUAUAGAUCUAUUUAGGUCAGUGCGUCGAUGCCUUGAAAUUGACUAUUCUUAUUAGAUCUACAACGAGAUUUUUUUUCCCGCGCUGACGCGCGAAAAUUUAAAAUGUAAAAUGUAAUCUUGCUGAUGCAAAUAAAGCGGAGUUCCUUUCAA